AUGUUUAAAUCAGCAGUAAUACUUUCUCAUAUAUAUAAUAUAACAAUUGAUGGAAAAUUAAUUGGAUGGAAAGAAGGACUAACUAGUGGUAAUAUAAUAGAUGGAAUGAGUGAUAUAUGUCUUUCAGUAUCUAAAUCAAAUAUUGUUGGUAUUGUUGGUCCAGAAUUAUCAAGAGAAGCUAUUUUAGUUGGUCCAUUUGGUGAAAAACUUGGUAUACCUGUUAUAUCAUAUGCAGCAACUGAUCCUGAUUUAUCUGAUCUAACAAUAAAUCAUAAUAUUUAUCGUACUGUUCCAUCAGAUAAUAUAGCUGCAUCAUCUCUUGUUAAAUUAUUUAUUAGAUUUAAUUGGACAUCAUGUUUAAUUAUUUAUCAAAAUGAUGCAUUUGGAUCUGGUGGAGCUAAAGCUAUUAAUGAAGCAUUUAAUAAAAGUGGAAUAACAGUAACACAAAUGAUUAUUUAUGAUAUAAGUAAAAAAAAUAUUCGUGGUAAUAUGAAAAAUUCUUUAAUAAAUAGUCCAACACGAAUUGUUAUUUUAUGGGCUGAAUCAAUAUAUACAUAUUUUAUAUUGGAAGAGGCUCUUUAUUCUAAUGUUCUUGGUCCAUAUUUUACAUGGAUAUUAAAUUCUAAGAUUUCAUUUAAUUAUUUUAAUAAAACAGAUUAUAAAAAUUUAAUUGGAAUGCUUUUAAUUGAAUCAGUUGUUGGAUCAGUUGUUAAUGGUCCAAUAAAUAUUGAUUUAUUAAAUUCCGCAUAUAAUAUAUGGAAAAUAUAUGAAAAUGAAACAUAUCCAGGAUCGAUUAACGUUAAUUAUAAUGCAUUAUUUGCAUUUGAUGCAACAUGGACAUUAAUUAAAUCAUUAGAAGAAUUAUGUUCAUCAAUUAAAAAUAAUUCUUUAUCAUGUUUAUCAUUUAUUCAAUCUUCAUUCUGUUUUGAUUAUCGUUUUGAACAAUAUGAUUUAUUAUUAUCUAAACUUGAUAGAACAGAUUUUCUUGGUGUAUCUGGUCCAAUACAAUUUACUAAUAAUAUAACAGAUAGAAUAAAUGGUUCAUAUUAUUCUUUAAAAAAUGUUCAACCAUCUGUAAAUGGUUUAAAUUUUGUAUCUGUAUUAGAAUAUGCUAAUCCUGGUAAUUGGAGAGUACCUAUAACAGAAAAUGUUCUUAUAUGGCCCGGAUAUUCCUUAAUACAACCUACUGAUCGAGCACGUCUCAAAGGUGUCUAUUUACGAAUUGGAAUAAUUCAAUCAGUUCCAUUUACAAUGGUUCAAAAUGUAACAGAUAAUAAUGGACAAAUUAGUAUACAAUAUAUUGGUUAUAUACCAGAACUUAUUGAAAUUUUACAAAAUAAUAUUGGAUUUAAUUCAACUCUUAUAUUAGCACCAUCAAAUAAAACAUAUUCAGAAAUCGUUCUGUCAGUAAAUAAAGGUGAUUAUGAUAUUGUCAUUGGUGAUGUUACUGUUACUUCUUCAAGAAGAGAAUCAGUUGGUUUUUCCAAUGCCAUAUUUGAUAAUUCUUUACGUCUUAUGGUGAGAAAAACACCCGAUUUUAAUAUCUAUCUAUUAGCAUUCUUAAGACCAUUUUCACGUAACUUAUGGAUAUUAGCUCUUGGUACUUGUAUCUAUGCUGGCAUUUUGAUGUGUCUUAUAGAAAGAAUAGAUAAUGAAGAUUUACAAAAUCGAUCAAUUAUAUCUCAAUUAACACUAAGUAUAUGGUAUUGUUUUGGUAAUAUCGUUGGAUAUGGUGUAGAAUUUAAUGCUAGAACAGCUGCUGGACGUUUUUUAACUGCUGGUUUAUAUAUAUUAAGUUUAAUAUUAGUAGCAUCAUAUACUGCUAAUUUAGCAUCAGAACUAACAAUAGCUAAAUCACAAUUUAUUAUUUCGGGUAUUGAUGAUAUUAAACAUGGAAAAGUAGCAUUUAAUCGUAUUGGUAUUCGCCUUGGUACAGCUAGUGAAGAUUAUUUUACAUCAGAAAUAUCUAAAGGAAAUCGAAAUUUUUAUCCAUUAAAUUCUCGAGAACAAUUAUAUGAUAGUUUACUUGCUGGUAUUAUUGAUGUAUCGUUUUUGGAUGAAGGAAUUGCUGAAUUUGUUACUAAUAAUAUUUAUUGUAAUUUAACAUUAGUUGGAGAUGGUUUUGAUUCAGGUGCUUUUGGUAUUGUUACUCCUAAACAAUGGGUAUAUGCACAAGAUUUAGAUGUUAAUAUUUUAUUAUUAAGAGAAUCAGGUAAACUUGAUUAUUUAAGACAAAAAUGGUUUCAAGUACAGAAUUGUCCAGAUUCAACAGCAACAUCAACUGCUAUUGAAAUUGAAUCAGUUGGUGGAUUAUUUCUCACUUUUUCAGUUAUUACUUUUAUAUCAUUUUUAUUAUUUCUAUGGACUAAACGAUUUAAUAUUAAAAAUUAUUUAUUACUAUUUAUAUCUGAAAAAAAAUCAUCAAACAAAGAAAAAUACUCAAUGAAUACAAGCUCAAAUGAAACUUCUCAACAUCCACAAAAUCAUCAAACACCAUUCAACGAAUUUUCAAAUUUUUAA